UUAAGCUCCGGCUCCCUGCGACCCCGAAGCGGACAAGCGCUUCAGAAAAUUGCGUGUGUAAUUAAUGUCCAUUUUUAAUUGUCUGCUUUGUUACGGGGUAAACACGAACAUUUUAGUAUUCUGCUGUACGAGAAGCAGGUAUUCUGACAGGACGACAACCGGACCCUCACAGACCCGCAGCCCUGAGAAAUAAGACCGGUUUAUUACUUAAUAGAAGAGUCAUUCACACUUUAAAUCCGGAUACACGUUUAAGUGGAAAUGGUGCACUUAAUUAUCCAUUGGGAUUUAAACGUGCAACACCCAAUCAAAUCUCCCCAAAUGCACAAAUUAGCAUAAGAGCGCUGCCCGACCCAAUCAUCUUCCGGUGGGCGUGGCAAAGCUCUGGCACCCGGUAAAACGCUUUCGGUUUGUCUGCUCGGUCAGUUCCGUGAAGAAUGGCGUCGGAGGAGGCGACGGCGGGUGGUGGGGGGUCGGUGAGCCCUCCGUGCGGAGCCCUGCGUCCAGCCGGCGGCAGGCAGCCCAGGGAGCCCCGGCGGAGGGGUCGCGAUUCGCGUCGGCGCCAGGCGGCCCUCUUGUUCCUCAGCAACAUCUCCCUGGACGGCCGCCCCGUGGCGGGGAAGCCGGCGGCGGCGCGCGGCGAGCCGCAGUUCCGGGGUCCCGACGCGUCGGGGUCGCAGAUCGGGAUCGCGCCCGGCAGCCAGUCCGCGGUCCCGGGGGUCCCGGAGGUCUCGGGGGUCUCGGAGGUCUCGGAGGCGCCCGGAUCGCAACCGACCCCCCCGCUCCCGGCGCCGGAGCUCGGCUCGCAGCUCAGGUUACGGAGCCCAUCAGGUUCACCAGGGCCAAGGACAGUCAGGAAGGUGCACUUCAUCAAGAGCAUGAGGCAGUAUGACACUCGAGGAGGCAGGGUGGUACUGAUAUGCUCCAGGCGCUCCCUUUGUGCUGCCCUCUCCAUCCUCCCGUACGGACAGACCCCCCGCUGCAGUGACUCAAAGCUGGAAGCUGAACGACAGCGCCACCCUUCGGGGGGGGUCUCCGCCAGCCUGAAUGCGAGCCCCACGCUGGAGGGCGUGGAGCUGGGUGCGUACGGCAAGACGGUGUCCUAUGCCAAGUUCCUCCUGCCCACCAAUGCCCUCGUGAGGCCCAAGAGUGCCCCGGUGGACACGCCCCGCAGCCAGAGAGGCCACACCCCUGCCAGGCUCAGCUCUAUUGGACAGGACCCAGGUGGGGACGACCAGGUGGAGUACAACCCCAACCUGCUGAGCGACCCCCACUGGCCCUGUGGAAAGCACAAGCGGGUGCUCAUCUUCGCCUCCUACAUGACGACGGUGAUCGAGUACGUGAGGCCGUCGGACCUGAAGAAGGACAUGAACGAGACGUUCAGAGACAAGUUCCCUCACAUCAAGCUGACGCUGAGCAAGAUACGGAGUCUGAAGCGGGAGAUGCGCGCCGUGAGCGAGGAGUGUGGCCUGCAGCCCGUCACCGUGGCGAUGGCCUUCGCCUACUUCGAGAAGCUCGUGCUGCAGGGACGCCUCGACAAGCAGAACCGCAAGCUGGUGUCGGCCGUCUGCGUGCUGCUGGCCGCCAAGAUCAGCAGCGACCUGCGCAGGGGGGACGUGCGGCUGCUCAUUGACAAGCUGGAGGAGCGUUUCCGCAUCAGUCGCCGGGAGCUCGUCCCGCUCGAGUUCACGGUGCUCGUGGCCCUGGAGAUGGCGCUCUACCUGCCCGAGAGCAAAGUGUUGCCCCACUACCGGCGCCUUGUGCAGCAGCCCUGAGCCACGAAUUCGAACCCUCCCCUGUGACCAGGAAGUGGCUGGAGGGGGGGGGGCCCACCUCCCGCCUCUCCCCUGACGGCUGCAGAAACACGGCGGGUCGGAGACCUGCACCUUCACCCACAGGUUGUCCCUCUCUUAGCGGCGACAGCUGUCCUUACCCACAAUUCCUCAUCCGUUUCCUUCCUGUCACUUUUUGACCGAGCUCAGUGGGGUGGGAGCUGCGGUGAAGCUGUGGCUGACGAGGUCUGUGCUCUUAGGUACCUGGGGGGGCAGCUGCUCGAUGCUGUUAGACACUGUGUGUGUGUGUGUGUGUGUGUGUGUGUGUGUGUGUGUGUGUGAGAGAGAGAGAGACCUCACGAUGACAUCUUCUUCAGAGGAGUUUUGUAGACUCACGCUCUCUUUUUCUACGCUCUGUUGGGUGUCUUUUCGAUGCCGAAACAUCAUCGUCCUUCGCUGGUGUUUCUCCUCCUUUCGCUACGGAAGUGUGUGUCGCGAUCGAUUCGCCUUCGGGCACCGAGCGCACGAGGGCUCGGCGGGACGUCGAGCGCCGGUCGAGUGUCCGACUGAGGCUGCAAUAACGCAACUCUUGUGCCAAGUACUUUCCCUCAGGUUUUGUUCUCAUCAUUUUCGAUAUUUAUCUUUGAAUCUCUUUAAUGUUACUGUGUUUCUUUCUACUUUUGUAAUAUUCAUAACGUGUGUGUGUGUGUGUGGUG